AUGGCAACUGAAGACAAUCAAGCCCUUGCUCAUGCCGACUAUUGGGAUAGGCGCUAUUCCAAGUCAGAGGGAGAGGCGCCGACGCACGAGUGGUUUCGCUCCUUCUCUGAGCUAGAACCUUUUUUCCAGAAGAAUCUUUUCGGCCUGCAGGGUUUGAAGGCAGAAGACGACCCGCUGAUUCUACAUCUUGGGUCUGGAGACAGUGUUAUCCCUGCCGAAUUAGCGGUUCGCGGCUACAGACGACAGCUAUGCAUCGAUUUCUCCACUGUCGUCGUUGGAUUCAUGGCUGAACGUCACAGCAAGCUGGAAGGGAUAGAAUGGAAACAUAUGGACGUACGCAACAUGGUUGGUAUUCCCGACAAGUCUGUCGACGUUGCCUUCGACAAGGGAACACUGGAUGCCAUGAUACAUGGCAGUCCUUGGAAUCCUCCCCGCGAAGUCAAGGAGAAUGCGAGUAAAUACUUGAAAGAGGUCCACCGAAUACUGAAGGAUCGUGGGGUGUUUCUAUACGUCACGUUUAGACAACCCCACUUCAUAAAGCCACUGUUAAACCCAGAUGAUUUGUGGGACAUCGAUAUGCAGGUGCUCGGAGACGAGGGCUCCUUUGAGUACUACGGAUUUGUGAUUAAGAAACACGUUGACUUUUCGGAAGCUGUUGAUAAAGGAAUUAGAGAGGAAGCAGAUGGUUGCAAACCCGAGUUGGAACGGCGUCACGACGGUGACGAUUCUCUAAUUCCUCUUCAGGUUCCCAAAGGAGACUCCAGCAGCUGA